AAUACAACAUCUACGAAGUCAAAGAUGCAGCCAAACUACUUUAUUAACAAAACUACUGCAGGCGAGUAUGAGUUAUUGGACAUAUAAGUCGAUCAAACUGAUCGAGAGAUAUUUAUCGAACAGUUUGGCGAGCCGGAAGCAGUCUUGGAUAAUGAAGGGUAUUUGCAUGAUAUAUUUGAGGAUAGUGAAGAAGAAGAAAAACAAACUGGUCGUUCGUCUUCAGUAUACGAUUCUCAAGAUGAAAGCGAAUCAAAAAUGGAAACCCGCGUAUUUGGCGAACACGCCGCUGACUAUACUCCGGUCCAUCCAUCCCACCUAUAUGAAUGUUCAAGAAAAAAUGGAAACAUAUUUGGUUGAAUGGUCUCUAGAAGACAGCGGUGCGAUGAGUGACCUAUGUUGGCGUAUGUCAUUCCCAGGCUUGGCAGACAGCUAUAGAAAUUUGGAGCGAAUUUAUGCCGGGGCGUACGACGUUGACAAUUUCAGGGAAAACGCUUGUGAGCACCCAAAAUUAUACUAUAGUUAUUUUCAAUAAAAAACAGUAGCAUCCUUAUUAAAUCAUCCGAGAACACUAAUAUCUUUUAGGGGGAUGGUUCGGGCAAAUUUCUAGUGUUUUUUUUCAUUUCGGGUAGUAGUAUUAUGUUUGGAGAUGUGGGGCACCAAUUUUAUCUUGAGCAAUUAUAAAUGUGGGUCUGUUAGCAGUAUAAAUUUAGAGAGGACUACGAGAAGAAAUUACUAUAUCUGCAAUUACUUCAGUAGUGGACCUUGAACGGGUUGCCUCAUGGAAACAAAUUUUCCGACCAGCGCACCUAAUUAGACUUAACAAACUUAAAAAAAUGUGAAGUUUGCAGGGCCAGACUGGAGGUCUGGGUAAACUUGACAGAUCUUAAUAUGAUACAUGCCACAAACCCUAACUUUACCCUAAAAUCAGAAAUAGUCAGGACUUAUUUUAAUUAUUUUAUCCCAAUUUCUGAACACUAUCCAAUAUUAGGUGUGUAGAUUUCAAUGUCA